AUGUCGGUGCGCAGAGCUGUGGCAGCUGCUGCUAACGCCCCCCCUUUCUCCUCCCUGUCCUCCCCACCUCCCCCCUACCUCCCCUCCUCCCCUUCCACCUUUUUCACUCACAUCUCCCCUCCGCGGAGCCAGCUACAGGUGGCAGCACAGGUGAAUCUGUGUUUUGCUUAUUUUUUUAACUUCUCAAAGAAACGGAGCGAGCUACAGGUUGCCCCGGAGGUGGCGGCGGAGCACGGGGAUGACGUUGUGGGGAGCGGAGAGCUGCGGCAGGUGCUGCUAAAGCUCCCCCUCUCUCCUCCUGUCCUCUCCCCCUUCCCCCUCCCCUUUUACUUCCCCAAGCUACAGGUUGCCCCGGAGGUGGCGGCGGAGAACGGGGAUGACGAUGUGGGGCGCAGAGAGCUGUGGCAAGUGGCCGUGUGUGGGGAAGAUCUCGACGACGCUCUUGCCGCCCAGGUGCGCGUGCAUGUACUCCGCCACGGCCACCGGCACCGCCAGGUCCUGGCUCGACUGCAGUAUGUGACAGGGGACCUUCACCUGGGGGAGUGGGGAGACACGGAGGGUUGA